AUGCUAUACGCGAUGCUCAAAAAGAGGUCUUUAUACCCUCCUUUAUUCUUCUGGAACAACUCUCCUACUUCGACGCCCGAACUUUCGCCGACGUCAUCGUCGUCGGACAGCGAGUCGGACGAGGAUAUGGACUCGUCCGGCUCCCGUCCGCUGAGUCUGAAUGCUCAACAGGGUGCGUUCUGUUCUAUGCGACCAACACUCGAUGAGGUACUAGCGAAUACGGCACCUGCUCCAUACACCCUUAGCGCGUUUAUGGCGUAUCUUUCUCAGAAUCACUGCCUCGAGACCCUGGAAUUCACAUUGGAGGCCAAGCGGUAUCGGGAGACGUAUCACUCGCUAACCCAUCAACUACGAGAGUCACCCAUUGUGACCGAUUGCCCCGAAAGCCAGCAUUUACGUAUGCUCUGGCAGCGACUUCUGACCGCAUACAUCCUUCCGGGUGCUCCCCGCGAGAUCAAUGUUUCCAGCGAAGUUCGGGAGGAGAUCCUACAACACGCGAAUUCGCACAUCCCCCCACCCCCCGAGACACUGGAUGCUGCCGUGAAACUGGUCCACGACCUGAUGGAAGAGUCCAUUUUUCUCCCCUUUCUCAACGCCCAUGCUACAUCCGCACAUGUUUUACCGCUUUCGGAGCCCUUGUUCUCGAACGAAGACGAUGUCACCGUUGUAUCGAACUCGAGUUUAGAUGAACAUGUGGCCAAGAGAGGGAGACGGCUUUCGCCCAAAUCCUCCCGGGAGCUGGGAGCCCUGGUUUCCUCGGGGCCUCCCUCUGGCCAUUCUAGCCGCUCCAACUUCUCAUUCGGCGCUGUCACCUCCAUGGGCAAAACCAGUAACCGCACUUCCGGCCAGGUUUCGUCCACUACCAGCGGUGACUAUGCUCUGACCGACGACUCAGGAAGUAUGCAGUCUAGUUACAGUACUGGAGAACCCAUGACUCCUCCGACCACACCACCCUCGAGCGAGCCCUCGUUGACUUUGGGUCACAGCCCGAAACAUCGCACCGAGAAUCCUUGGAAGAAAAUGGGGAUGAAGUUCGGAUUCAAGAAGCGUUCGGGCCACGGGAGCUCGAGCAGUCAGAAUCUGCGAUCCUCCAUGGAUGAUUAA